AUGGAAGGACAGGAACAAAGAAUUGGGACAAUCCUCAUCACAGGAGCCAACGGUUCCUUGGCCCUUCCUGCUGUCCUGCACUUGUUAAGCAGAACCAGCUACACGAUCGUCUUGACGGUCCGGGACGCCUCCGACGACAACCCAAACACACAUGCCUUGCGUGAGGCAGUCGCGCCCUUCCAGCACCGAACUUCGGUUCGCGCCCUUGACCUUGCCAACCUCUCCCCCGUGCAUGAAUUCGCUCGCUCUCUCGAAACCGAAAUCGCCACAGGCCAUUUACCCCCUCUGGUCAGCAUCAUCUGCAACGCGUAUUGCUGGGAUUUGGUCAGUGCGCCCGAGCAAACCACCGAUGACCUUGAAAAAACCAUACAGGUGAAUCAUGUCGCCCACGCGGCGCUGGUUUUGCGACUGGUGGGUUCUUUCGGCCCCGCCGAUGAUUGUGGGCUUGGCUUAGGCCGAGUGGUGUUUUUCGCUAGUGAUGCCCACUGGCCUGGGAAAAAUGGGCUGGAAAAGUAUACGCCUACUAUCCCGGAUGACUUGGAUGUAUUGGUGAAACCACCAGUUGAUAAGGGGGGUGAUCAUAUGGGGUAUGGGUUUCAGAGAUAUGCAGUGUCGAAACUUGUGAUUGUUAUGUGGAUGUAUGCAUUUAAUGAGUAUCUUCAAAAGGACCCGAAUUUGAAACACCUCACAGCGGUCGCUAUCAAUCCUGGCAAUCUGAGCGACUCCCGCGCACUACAAGUCAACACGCCAUUCAUACUGCAGAUCUUAUCAAGAUUCGUCAUCCGGCCUUUCCGGCCACUGUUGCGUUUUGUGGAUCCGAUAAUGCGUACUGCGUCGGAGGCCGGUAUGGAUGUGGCCGAGUUGGCGGUCAGUGAAACAUAUGCGGGCGAAUCGGGAUACUUCACUCUUUUGGAGAAGAGUACGAGUUCACCCGAGAGUUUGGAUUGGGAAAAACAGCAGAGAUUGUGGAAGAAGACCCUGGAGUGGGCGGGAAUUACGGCUGAUGACACUGCUCUUUCGGUUGGCGUCUAA